AUGGCUCUUGGCACAAUUGUUGAAGAGCAUUUCCACCACCCACCGCUGCCGUCGUCGUCACCGCUUUCGUGCAAAAAGGCCACGACCGCUCCUGAAGCGCCACCAGUGAUACUACUGCCACAGAUUCGUACCAAUGAGAUGACACUAGGAGAGCGAGUUUCUAAAUUUGUCAUUGAAGCGCGAUGCACCGACAAUAUUUUAUUUUCUGGAGCAAUGGCAGUGGGUGGAUUUGUGCUUGUCAUGCAAAGUUUUCCAAUUUUCAUGAACAACUGGGUUUUCCUAACGGAACCUCGCGGAAUCAACAAAACCAAUGAGAACGGUGAACAAUUAGAAUCAACAUUUCACUACAACACGGGAUAUUUUCAAAUAUGUCGAGUUCAUAUCAAUAACAACUCAGGAAUCAUUUACGAUGAAAUGGAAAUACCACCAUCCGAAAGUGAAUAUAAAUGUUAUCUCAACCCGCUUCUCUCUCAAGUGGAUCUCACAGACAUUUCGCUUGCCUCUCUCGCUGUAAUUAUACGACUUGGUUCACCAGCUCUUCUACAUGUAACCGGUGCUCUGGUAUGCUGUUUUGCCUUCUUCUUGGGAGUUGUUGGCCAUAUCCGAUCGUCAUUCUAUACAUUGUUUUCUUCGAUUACAUAUAUUUGUGGAAGUAUCAUUUUAUGUAUUGCUGUACUGAUGGUUGUAUGUGUGGUAGACGACGAACUGGCACCAAGAAUGAAACCAAAUGCAGCUGGAGAACCAAGCAAAUUCAGUUACACUUAUGGUCCACCAUUCUUCUCAUCCGCUCUUUCUUUCAUACCUGUACAAAUUUGUGCUUGCCUACACGCGUUUUUGUAUUUUCGAAGAUAUCCUUCCGUUGUUGAAAAGCUGAAAUUUGUUCCUGGACUAGAAGCUAAACGUGAGUUUCUGUGUCAAAAUGGGAAAAAACCUCGAAUUUCAGUAAGACGAGCGCAAUUGGACAAAGAACUAGGGAUACCACCGCUAGAAAGUUUUCGACGAGGAUCAUUAGCCUCAUAUCUGCCAAUACCAAGUUUUUCCCAAGGAUCACGGAGAAAUUCUCGAAGGUCUAGUCAAGCUUCAUUUUCAAACCCAAGUCUUCUUUUUAUGCAAGAUGUCUGA